GCCAGCCCCUUCACCGCUCGCGACGUGCGGCCACGCGGGCGCAGCAUCCUCCUGCCCGCGGCCCGUCGACGCUGCCUCAUCCAUCCAGCGUAGCACGGAGCCGGGGAAAACCACGGGGAAUUUUUCCCCGCAGUGACAGGGAAUUUUAUCCCAGCGGGGACACUGUGAGCUGCGCCGCCGCCUGGACUCGCUCGCCCUCCUCCCCAUCGCGGCGCCGCUCCGGUCUCCCCGUAUCCUCGCGGCCCGUCUCGGUGUCUCCUCGCCCCGUCGUCCGCCUCCUGCUGUCCUGCACGGCAGCUGGCCAGCCCCUCUCCGUUCUCCCAGUCUCGGUGAGACAGACAGACAGACUACCCAUUGAAAAAUUCCUGGUUACGCCACUGCAGCUACGCCUACGUCGCCAGCCUUUGUGCGCCUGCAGGCUGCGGCUACUUCGCUUCCGUUUCCCCUCACCGCUGGCAGCCACCUCUCUCCAAACUCCCACCCACCCGGCCCUCCUGCUCCUGGCUCCUGCUCAGCUCACAUGGGGAAGGGGAAGAGGCUAAUGAGGACGGGUUUAGGGAAGACCGACCAGCACCCGUCUAAGCGUACUAGCAAGCCGCCGCUCAUGCCCGCCUCCUCCUCCGACGACGAGAUCGAUGCCUUCCACAAGCAGCGGGAUAUGAUCCCCCUUGAUCCCAACGAUGCUAGAGAGUCUGAGGAUGACCUCGAACACCCUGUCUUCGAUCUUGAGGGUAUAUCUGAGAAUGAAACUGAUGACAGCGAAGGAGAUGAGGAUGUCAACAUGGACAAAGCUGCUUGUUAUGAAUGGAAUGACAAACAUAUCGCAAGAUUAAAAAGAGCAGGGAGGGUAGCAAAACAAAUGGCUGGAGGUGAUGACAGCAUGGAUGAACAUGAGGAUGAUCACAAGGAUAAAAAUUCCUGGGGUAGAGGAAAAAAUGCAUAUUAUGAUGCUGGUGAACAUUCUGGUGAUGAUGAGGACUAUGAAGAGACAAGGAGGAUACAGAAAGAGGAGGAGAGCAAACUAUCAGUGCAAGAUUUUGGAUUAGAAGAUGAUGAGAGUGAUGAAGAGGAUAAACCCAUGAAGGCACCCAAUCAUCAAGUCAAAGUUUGUGAUGGCCAACCUUCUUUUGAAACCUAUGUGAAAAUGAAAGAGGACUUCACUAUCUUGGCAAGAGAUGAAAAAAUGGGUUCUCCAGACAGUUCUGCUCCGGAACUGGUUGGAUUAUUGUCCGAGUUAAAAGACGCUCAUGACGAACUAAUGAUAAUAGGACCAGUCACCAAUGAGGUGUCAGCUGGGCUAGGCAAGGAUAAGGGUAAAAUGCAGCCUUUGGAUGUGAAACGAGCUUGCCUACUGGCUUAUUGUCAGGCUAUAACCUUUUACCUCCUUAUGAAAGCUGAGGGAUUGUCUGUGCAGGAUCAUCCUGUAAUUGCUCGUCUUGUAGAGAUGAAGAGUACAGUAGAAAAGAUGAAACAGGUCAAUGUUAACUUUCCAAGACAAAGCAAGGACAUUGAUGACUAUUGUGUGCCCGACAGCAGCAUCAUGGAUGUGCCAGACAAGAUGAUUUCUUUGGACAAGGAGAAUAUAUCUAGCAAGUUACUACUACAAAUCAACGGUGUGGAAGCUGCUGAAUUGACAAAGAAUAUCCACUCUAAUAAGAAUGACCAUGAAAUUGCCAAAAGAAAGGGCAAGGACGAGCAUAUUGGUUCUCAAAGCCUUGAAAUGUUGAAGGUAAGAGCAACCCUCGUAGAGAGGUUACAAGAAAAGGGUCUCUAUAAUUUGACGCGGUUGAAGCCUGAGAAGGUUUCAAACACCAGGAAAACUCCUAAUAGAAGAGACCUGCAAACGUUGGAUGAUUUUGACGAUGAAGUGCUGAAAAAUAGCCAUGUAAGCACUCCUAGUAAGAUCCUGGUAACUGCAGCAAAAUCCAAUAAAAACAAGUUUGUCUCUGGUGACGACGAGCUUCCAAAGCAAGAUGAUAUUGGUGAAAGACGACGAAAGCAUGAAUUGCGUGUUCUUGCAAGGGUAGGAGCUACGCUUGAAGAUGAUGACUUGCCAGAUGAAGAUGAGCGUACUGAUGGCAAACUUAACCAACUCAGUGAAGAUGACAGUGAUGAUGACAUUGGAGCAUCAGAGUCUGAAGACGAAUUUUAUAAGGAUGUUAAAAGGCAGAGGAUUGAAAAAAUCUUGAUUAAAGAACAGAUGAACCCACAAAACCCCAACAUUCAACAAGUGGAGGAAGAAACUGAAGGAGAUGGCAAGAGGAAGAUCUCAUACCUGAUGGAGAAGAACCGAGGGUUGACUCGUUCUAGAAAUAAGAAGCUUAAGAAUCCACGGAAGAAAUAUAGGGUUAAGCAUCAAACAAAGCUUGUUAAGCGAGGAGGUCAAGUGCGUGGCGUGAAGAAGCCCUCGGGGCCAUACGGAGGUGAAAUGUCCGGUAUCAAUCCAAAUGUGAGCCGUAGUGUUAGGUUCAAGGGCUGAUGGAUUGAAUCGAUUACAUCUGUUUCAUAGUUUUAAUUUAACAAUUUUGCCGAGAGAGACCCAUCGAUCAUCUUUGCGUUCUGUCUAGAUUUUGUACUACUAACUAGAGUCUUAGAGCCCACCCAAGGGGGUGAGUUGCCGGAAGCAAGCAGAUGUGCAGGAUUCAGAUAUCGGAGGCAGAGAUGGACCAGUAUUUUUUUUUUCACAAUGGAUGCCAGUGUAUGCUCAUGCUUAUCGUGUGAGUGAUAUGCCUUAGAGUAACUCUGAGAGACUAUUUAUCUCACUUGUCAUACUAAAUUUUAUUAUUUUAUACAAAAUUUAUCUUCUAAG